GGUCUUACGAGAUAUGACAUAGUGAACCACACUGAGACCUGCGCUGUGGAGAAAAAUUCAGGGGCGUUCCAGGGGCCAAGGUGGCUAAUUCAAACCACUUUUUUGGUAGAUGACUAUCAAACGAAGCCCUAAGGGAUUGUUAAUCACUUUUGAAUGUGAUUAUUUGAUUUGAUUUGUUGCAAUCGCUGUCAGUUCUGCUACGCGAAAGGAUUUCGAGAUGACUAUCAGACGAUCCGAGUGUCUAGAAAGAAGCCAACUGUUGCUUGGCAAAUGUUCAUUGCUUGGUAGUUGCCUUUUCCCGACCCGUUUAUCCACCUGGGGCUCGUGAUUAAUGCUGUUGGUUAUGUGUUCGUCGCUAUUUUCAGUAACAUAGGUGGUCGCGUCUGAAUUCGUAGAAACAAUUUACUGAUGUUUUUCCAAUAUUUACAUUUUUCCUUGGAUUUUUAUUUACCCUUGAGUUCGCCUGCGACCGCUGCGUAAGUAAAAAUCUGCGAAUUUACCAUGCAACGCCAAGCUCGUAAGCAUAGGCGAACUCUAGUUCUCAUAACCGGUGCCCUUGUAAUAUGGUGGAUGUUAUCGGCUUCUCUCAAUGGCUUAUGGGGCUCAGAAUUCUCCAGGCUUGAGCGACACAUGAAUCAUGGAGUUUCCUCUGCUGCUUCCAUACUGAGAAAAAGCAGCUUCGACUGGAGCAAUGUACCGUUUCGGUACCCUCAGAAGAGGGAGGAAAUGAUUGGUUUGCCAAAAGGGAAUGGGCGCAGGAUGCCAUCUGUCCAGGCUAAAUUCCGAUCUAAGACGUCUUCAGAGAAGCAGAUUGAAGAUACGCGGCGGCACGAGGUUAAGAAAAUCUUUGUCGAUGAUUGGAAGGCGUACAGAAAGUACGCGUGGAUGAAAGAUGCGCUAAUGCCAAUUUCCGGAGGCUAUCGCGAUCAAUUUAGCGGAUGGGCGGCUACUCUGGUCGAUUCACUUGACAGCCUGUGGAUAUUGGGACUUAGGGAGGAAUUCGAUGAGGCCGUGGAUGCUGUCGCCAAGAUAGAUUUCGGGCAUUCUACUUCUGGCAGAGUCAACACUUUCGAAACGAACAUCCGGUAUCUAGGAGGCCUGCUCGCCGCUUACGAUCUUAGCAAGCGAGAAGUCUUGCGCAUGAAAGCCAUUGAGCUUGGCGAGCUACUCUAUGGGGCUUUCAACACGGAGAAUCGAAUGCCAGUGGAUUUCAUCGAUUUUCAAGCCGCAAAAACAGGGAAAGGUCUCGUCGUUGAAGGCUCUGUCGUGUCAGCGUCUCCGGGGACCUUGUCCCUUGAAAUGACUCGACUUUCUCAGAUUACCGGUAACCCUAAGUACUAUGACGCGGUCGCAAGGGUUAUGGACGUCUUUUAUGAAGGCCAGAAUAAGACAUUACUUCCAGGUCUUUGGCCAACGUUUGUGUCAAUGAGUAACCAGGAUGUUACAUCAGGAAGUUGGUACACGCUUGGUGGAUGCGCCGACAGCUUGUACGAGUAUCUCCCCAAGGAACACGCGCUUCUCGGGGGCACGGAGCCGAAAUAUGAGACAAUGUCCAAGGGGUUUCUAGAAGCUGCCCAGGGUACACUCAUAUUUAGACCCAUGAUACCUAACAACGAGCCGAUACUCAUCGCGAGUAGCGCCAAUGUGAUGACUUCAGGCGAGAUCAUUUCGGACGAAGAAACCGAACAUCUCGCCUGCUACCUCGGUGGCGUAUACGCCCUGAGCGGAAAGCUGUUUAACAACCCGGAUUAUAUCACCAUCGGCGGGAAGUUAACAUCUGGAUGUGUUUAUGGGUAUCGCUCAUUCCCGACCGGGAUGAUGCCCGAACGAGUAAACAUGGUACCUUGCAAAUCAUAUGAUGACUGCAAGUGGGAUGAGACGCGAUACAAUCAAGCAAAAAAGAAGCGACCAGAAUGGAAAGCUCACCUUCCACUUGGUUUUACCAGUGCCAAGGACCCUCGCUACAUCCUUCGACCGGAGGCUAUCGAGAGUGUCCUAAUCAUGUACCGCGUCACUGGUCAUCCCGUCUGGCAGGACUUAGGAUGGGACAUGUUCACAGCUGUCGUAAAUGGGACGAAGACUGAGAUGGGCACACAUGCCGCUGUCCAAGACGUGACUAGAGCUGCCAAGGUCCUCCCGCAUGAGGACUACAUGGAGAGUUUUUGGUUGGCCGAGACUUUGAAGUAUUUCUACUUGCUCUUCUCGCCGCCGGAUGUUAUAAACCUUGAUGACUAUGUCUUCAAUACCGAGGCGCAUCCUUUAUUGAGAUCUAAAUGAUUGCAGCAUACAUCAUUAUGAGUGGGGCGUAAAAUGAAUGGGGGGAAUAGUAAGUGACCGCGAUAGGUCCGUUUAGAAAUU